GCACAACGACCUCUGGCCGGCCGCGCGCCACCCCACGCCCCACACCACCGACGAGCUUCAAUCAGGCGCAGAUCGCGCAUGCCCAGGCCCUCGCCACCGACGAGCUUCAAUCAGGCGCAGAUCGCGCAGGCCCUGGCCGGCAAGGACUCGGAGGUCGCCAAGCUCCGGAGCCGCAAGAUGGGGAAGGGUGUUCCAGAUGCGGAGAAGGCCGAGCUCAACUCUGUCAAAGACCACCACGCCGCCGCGGUCGCCGACAUGCCCAGGUUUCUCAAGUUUGGACGACUGAGCACCAUGAAGUUGGUCUUGGUGGCUAUUACCUCGUUGUUGCUUGCCAGUGAGGCGCAGCCCACAGUUCUGAAGCUGGAGCGCCGCAACGCACUGCCAGGAGGAGGAGUUGUUGAGCUCCCUGUGAACGGUACUGGAAAGUACAGUACAUGUUCCACGGGCCAUAUUUGACUCGCGUGAUGCUUGGGAACCCACCACAGAGCUUUGACGUUCUCAUCGACACGGGAAGUAGCCUACCGUGGAUUGGUUGUGACACAGCGCGACUUCCUACACGAGUUUUUUACCCUUCACCGUCAACAUCGGUACUCGGUUGCUCAGAUCAGCGGUGCCAGAGUCUGGAGAAUGCGAGGAAUGCACAGUGCAACACCUCCAAUAAUAGGUGCGCUUAUGAUCUCGGGUAUGGCAAUGGGGAUGGUGCCACAGCUUCGAGCGCCGUCGGCUAUUAUAUAUCUGAUUUAGUGCACCUGAACGGCCCUUCUACUCCUGCACGCAUUGUCUUCGGACCAUCGGGUUUGAUCGUGCGGCGCUGGAUUCUCUCACGUGCCCGCCUGGAUACUCUCGCUGGCAACACGGGUUUGUUCCAAUCGCGUGGUGUCUCGCGGAUAGCGAAGUAGAGGACUCAGAUCCGGGCGCUACCCAGGCAGCAGCUGACGCGAGAGGCGACGCGACGGCAUCCGGAGCGGCGAAGCGACGGCGACGGGAAGUGGAGGCGCGCACGGCGACAACUGACAGCAUCGACGACGACGCUCCGCCGCACAGAGCCUCAAUGAUGGAUGAUGAAGACUCUACUGAUGGAUUAUUCUCAAAACAGUUUUCAACAAGACGGAUACACGUACAAUUGCUGAGAAAAGUCUGAAUAAGGAUAUCAUGGCAGUCUUAAGUGAUUACUGCUAGGUAGUGGCUAGGCUGCUGCUACCCCGCAUGAGCUGCUCCAUGGGGCAGACAACGACCACUAGUGACGCCCUUGUGUUCCAAGUUCCAACAGCCCCGAGGUGCCGACGAGCGUGCCGAAUCAAGCUGCCGCAAACCCAGCAUUGACACCCUCUGCAUCGCAACUCCGGCGGUCGCUGCAUCGCAGCUCCGGCGGCCUCGUGGCCGCUGCACUGCAGGUCCGGCGGCGUCGACGACAGCUGCAUCGCAGCUCCGACGGCCGCUGCAUGGUAGCUCCGGCAGCGUCGUGGCCUCUGCACUGCAGGUCAGACGGCGUUGACGGCCGCUGCAUCGCAGCUCAGCAGUGCAGCUCCGACGGCCGCUGCAUCGCAGCUCCGGCGGCGUCAUGGCCGCUGCAUUGCAGUUCCGACGGCGUCGACGGCUGCUGCAUCGCAGCUCCGGUGCCCGCUGCAUCACAGCUCCGGCGGCGUCGAUGGCCGCUGCAUCGCAGCUCCGGCGGCGUCGACGCUCGCUGUAUCACAACUCCGACAGCCGUUGCAUCGCAGCUCCGGUGGUGUCCCAGCCGCUACUGCCUAGCUGGGAGAUGUGCUUGGAGCGCUACCAUGGGCGAUGCAUGAUGGUGCCUGACUCUUGUGUUGCGCGAGAGGGAAAAUGCUGACUGGAAGUGCAAUCCGCGAGACACCAAGCGAACGGUUAUGAUGUGCAUGAUCGGACGAUUAGCAAGGCGGCUGAUAAGUUGUUGUUAUCAUCCGGCUUACGCCUAGCAUCUGCCAAAACCACUAUUGAAGGUUUCCCGCUGAUAUCAUCCAGGUUUGACCGCCAUGUCAGAGUACAAAUAUGCGGUCCCAGUUAUCAGCAUGGGAGACAAAGAAAUUAUGCUUAAAAUAAAAUGGGCGUUUCUGGGUUCAAAACUGGGACUUCCAGUACGCCUGCGCACAAGCUAACCACUUUAUCUGACAUACAUUGUGUAUGCAAAGACGUACAGACUGAUUUAUACAUAUCCAUAUAUUUAAAAAGUUCAAAGUUAACUUAUUUGUUCCCCGCAAAAAAAACUAUUUGUUCAAAAACGAUUUAUUUUUUCUUUCGAAUUGGUAAUACUGAAAAAAAUCAGCUAUGCCACGUUGUGUAUUUUUUCCAUUGUUUUUACUCAAAUAUAGCAUUUUUUUCUGUUCAUAAUUGAAACUGUAGAAAGGAAUCGCAGUGGAUAUAUGUCGUCGUAUAAAUAAGGAAGCUAUACCACAUGCCGUAUUCUGCAGGUCCCAGGUUCGAACCUGGCAACCAACAGUAACAAUUUUUAGCUAUCGUUUUAUUUCUUCCUAUAACAAACAAGUGGGACCCACAUACUUACACUCUGAUAUGGCGGUCAAAGCUGUAUGACGUGUCCGGUUUUGGUCAAAACCAUUUCGACAGCGGGAACUAAGAUUUAGCGGUUUUAGAGUCGAGGGACCAUUCCUAUACUUUCAAAACAGUUGAGAGACGAAAAGUAUAUUUUUUCCUUAUUUAUUUAUUUUUGCAGGAGCCUCUAAUAUCAUUACUCCAUGUUCUAUUCUGUACCAUCAAUUUAUUAAUCCCUUUAUUAAUCUUCCCACAAUAGGUGUACUACUUCGUGGUCUGGGCAACUGACACGUGGUGUAUUCGACGGAAUUUUUGGCUUGUCGCCUUUUGGGAUGUCGUUUAUUUCACAGCUAUACUCCCUUGGACUCUCUGGCAACGUAUUCACUCUCUGCAUGCAUAGUCCAACUGGUGGCGGAAUUCUUGCCUUUGGUGAAGCCCUCGAGCCUGGCUUGACCUACACACCCCUUUUGCCAUCGCCGCAAUAUUACCAAGUGAAUCUACAGAGCAUAGCUGUAAAUGGGCAGACACUCCCCAUUGACAGCUCCGUGUUUGGACCCUCACCCAGUAAUUUUACCUUCGUAGAUUCGGGAACAACGCUCGCAUUUCUCGCAGAUGGAGCAUAUGAUCCGUUUAUUAACGCUAUAAGGGCUGCAACCCCUCCGUCUGCACUUCCGUUCACCAGGGAAAAUGGCGAAAUUUGUUUUUCCACUUCCACCAGUAUUGACUCUGCUUUCCCGUCCGUGGAACUAGACUUUGUGGGCGGUGCCAAAAUGUUUCUGUAUCCUCACAACUACAUGUAUUAUGUUAAGCCUUCAGUGUAUUGCAUUGGCUGGCUUAGGAACACGGGGAGACAAGUCACUUUACUUGGAGAUAUCGUGCUCGUAGACAAGAUUCUUGUCCAUGAUUUGGAGAAGAAGCGCCUGGGCUGGAUGAACUAUGAUUGUUCUCAGCCUAUCAAUGUCACUACUGCGCGUGGGAAGAAAUACACUAACUCUGGGCAGUCGUUGCACAGUAUCACGACAACUUUUACAGUUGUGCUCGUAGUUGUCAUAUAUAUCACUCUGCUCACCUAGUUGUUCGAGUUCUGGUUGUUUGGUCCAAUGUAACUACCUAGUGCUAUACAUUGCGAAAUCGACCUACACUGAUUUGAUUAUGUGUGUACUUAUUAUGUGUGCAAAAUC